UGCAUUUGAUGUUGUGGGAUUGUUACACACAGCAUGAACAUGGCUCUGAGGCUGCUGUCUCUCUGUCUCGCUUUUCUGACUGCAAAGGGGAGCUCCAUGGUGGCGGAGAAUGUGACAGUGAUGGAGGGGGAGACUCUCGUGUUGAAUUGCACUGUUGAUUCUGGAGACAGGUCACACCUGGAGUGGAAGAACCCACGUGGCUUUGUGGUGUUUUUUAACAAUAUGAAAGCUCUCAGAGAUAAACGCUACAAAAUUGCCACCUGGUCACCCUCAGAGUUUACCGUAACUCUGUCGAAUGUCACCACAGGAGAUGGAGGCCUGUACAAGUGUCUACACUACAUUCAUCCUGUCACAACCAAGGCAGUCAAUGUCACGGUUAUAGGUCGCCCAGCACUGGAAAUGAGAGAAGAUAAAGGCAGAAAGAUAAUAAAGUGCACUGCAGAAGCAAGCUAUUCUCCUUACAGAAUAUCAUGGCUGAUUGAGGGUGGAUUAGAACUGGACACAUACUCCCAGGAUCACUGUGACGAAAAGACCGCAAAAUGCACUUCAAUGGGCACCUUGGUGAUCAGAUCUCAGAAGAGCAGAGUGACAGUGGAAUGUAUCGUUCGGCACGAAGCUCUGAAUAAUGCACAGCCAUAUCUGAAGGCCUCCCUCACUGUGGAGAAGAGCUAUGACAAAGGACUGCUUUCAACAUCAACAGUCGGCUAUUCCACUAGCACAGAAGCAACUGCAGCGACGCUGUCAGAGACAGCCACAGUCUUAUCUUCCAGCACAGAAACUGAAGAAAAGGGCCUCAGCUCGACAUCAACUGAAGAGUACAGUAUGGGCUCCUCGCCGCCGUCUGUGCUCACACAGGAAACGAUAACCCGACUUCCUGAAACUGCAACAACAGCAUUGUCUACUGAUUUUACCAGCACAUCAAACCAUCAAACACCUGAGACAGACAUUCAUGAAAUAACAAGAAACUACACCUAUACUGCAGCCACAAAUGAAACCUACACAUCCUCGGUACCUGCAGCAACAGAACUAGCAGAAGGAAAUGCCACCACUAACUCCAGUGUGGAAGCGGAAGGCCAUGACGGUGCGAGACGGAGCAAGAACGGCACCAUGCUCAUCGUCCUGGUCACCGUCCUGAUCGCCUGCCUGCUGGUCGUCGUCCUCUUCUUCGUGACGAAGCUGAAGAAAGCUCAUGCCCAGUGGAAGAAAGAAAAUGAAGACUGGGAUCAGUCCCUGGAGAGCAACAAAUCGAAAUCGAGCAACGACGACAAAGGCCAAGAAAGGAAAAAUGGUCAAGUUCCUUACAAUACCACCUUCAUGAAGUACACUGUUGAGGUGCACACGGAAAUGGAGAAAGACACAGAACAGGCAGCACCCCAGAUUCUGGAAACCUCAAAACAGCCAGAGGAACCGGCGCCUGCUGCCGGCUUGGACACCGUAAGGGAGACCGCAGUGUAGGACUGCGGGACGUGUCCUCCUGUACGCUGACUGCACCGAGCACUUUGCACUGGGCCAGAUACUGUGAAGAGGCAGGAGUGGCUUCCUGGAACUGAGGGAACGGUUCAGUGCCUGGAGCCCCGCCUUAACGAAACGGCUGCUAUUGCAAAUUAGUUUAAGGGAUCGGGGAUCAGUUGUCCUGGCCCACUGUUCACUAAUCCUCCCUUAACAUUGUAUUGGUCUUCUUGAUAAUAGGACCAAGUCUGUGUGGACCAUUUUGUAAAUGGUUUUGUCAAUUUGUAAAUGGUGUUUUAUAUGUGAUAUUUAUUGUUCUUUAUGUAAAGAAUAAAUUCAUAUUUUUCUA